AUGCCGCUCUGUGGUGAACCGAAAUCUGUGCAGCGCAAGCUAGUGCUCCUCGGUGAUGGCGCGUGCGGCAAGACGUCAUUAUUGAAUGUCUUCACAAGAGGUUACUUUCCCACUGUAUAUGAGCCCACAGUAUUCGCAGAGAACUAUGUCCACGACAUCUACAUUGAUGGCAAACACGUAGAACUCAGCUUAUGGGACACCGCUGGUCAAGAAGAGUUUGACCGGUUGCGGUCACUCUCCUACGAUGACACCCAUGCCAUCAUGCUCUGCUUCAGCGUUGAUUCACCGGAUUCCUUGGAGAACGUGGAGACCAAGUGGGUAGGAGAAAUAGCAGAGAACUGCCCCGGCGUCAAGUUGGUCCUGGUGGCUCUGAAGUGCGACCUGCGGAAGCGCGAUGAUGCUGAUGAAGACGAUGCCCAACCCGAGAAGCAUAUGAUCAACUACGAAGAAGGUCUUCGAGUAGCUGAGAAGAUCAAAGCGCUACGAUACCUAGAAUGCUCCGCCAUGAAGAAUAGGGGCGUCAACGAGGCCUUCACAGAAGCUGCUCGUGUGGCACUCUCUGUGAAGUCGAACAAGGACACGAAAUCCGGCUGCGUCGUUAUGUAA